GGAGCGGGGACCGGGCGGGGGGGCGGUGGCGGAGGAAGAGGCCUCGCGCCGCCGAGGAGGGAGCAAUUUAAUUUCAAACACAAACAACCGCACGAGCGCGCACCCACCGCCGCCGCGCCGCGGAGCGUCGCCCCGGAUCCGGCGCCCGCCGCCCCGUCCGUGCGGCGCGCGCGGGGAGACGCCGUGGCCGCGCCGGAGUUGGGGCCGGGGGCCGCCAUCGAGGCGGGGGCCGCGCGAGGGCCGGAGCGGAGCGGCGCCGCCGCCACCGCCGCCGCCGCCACCGCCACCGCCACGCGCGCCAACUUGGGCUCGCGCUUCCCGGCCCGGCGCGGAGCCCGGGGCGCCCGGGGCCCAGCCAUGUCGCGGUCCAACCGGCAGAAGGAGUACAAAUGCGGGGACCUGGUGUUCGCCAAGAUGAAGGGCUACCCACACUGGCCGGCCCGGAUUGACGAGAUGCCCGAGACCGCGGUGAAGUCAGCAGCCAACAAAUACCAAGUCUUCUUCUUCGGGACCCACGAGACGGCAUUCCUGGGCCCCAAAGACCUCUUCCCUUACGAGGAGUCCAAGGAGAAGUUCGGCAAGCCCAACAAGAGGAAAGGGUUCAGCGAGGGGCUGUGGGAGAUCGAGAACAACCCUACCGUCAAGGCUUCCGGCUACCAGUCCUCCCAGAAGAGGAGCCGUGUGGAGGAGCCCGAGCCCGAGCCGGAGCCCGAGGCCGCGGAGGGCGAUGGUGACAAGAAGGGGAACGCCGAGGGCAGCAGCGACGAGGAGGGGAAGCUGGUCAUCGACGAGCCGGCCAAGGAGAAGAACGAGAAGGGGGCGCUGAAGAGGAGAGCGGGGGACCCAUUGGAGGACUCCCCGAAACGUCCCAAAGAGGCAGAGGACCCUGAAGGGGAGGAGAAGGCGGUGGCCAGCGUGGAGGCCGAGCGGCCCUCCCCUGUGGAGGUGGAGAAGAACAGCACCCCCUCGGAGCCCAGCUCUGGCCGGGGGCCGCCCGAGGACGAGGAGGAAGAGGCUGCCAAGGAAGAUGCUGAGGCCCCGGGCAUCAGAGAUCACGAGAGCCUGUAGCCACCAAUGUUUCAAGAGGAGCCCCCACCCCGUUCCUGCUGCUGUCUGGGUGCUACUGGGGAAACUGGCCGUGGCCUGCAAACUGGGAACCCCUCCCCGCCCCAACCUGCUCUCUUCCACUCACUCUCCCUCCCCGAGCCCAGUCCCUGGAGACUGACCUGGAGGUGGCAUGCCGUCCGGCCCUGCCUCCGUGUCGCCUCUAUGCCUCCACACUGCUGGGAUCUGAGUCAGGGCUAUGUCUGUGCUCCACGGGAUGCCAUGAGGCCGAUAUGCCCCUCCCUGCCUGGAGCUGGGUCCCAGGGUUCUGGACCCGCUGUUCUCAUCUCCUUACACCCUUUAGCCCCUCCCCCAGGCACUCUGGGCCUCUGGGUUGGUUUGGAUCAGAGUCGGGAGUAAAAGGGACGGAGGGUAAAUAGCAAGGGUGGGCUUCUGGGGCCUGAGAGGGACAGUCCUCAGGUCGGGGUGGGGAGUGAGCAGGAGGAUGGCAUCGUCUUGAGCUCCUGUCCCUCCCUCCGACACCUGUUCUCUCAGCCGCCUAGAUUCAGGGAAAGUGGGACAGCGCGCGGGGAGGGACUCCCUCGGUGAUGGAUAACUCCCACUUUCCCCUUUGCUAAUAACCCGGGAGUUCUAUGAGUUGUAGUUACUCAUCAGAAGGGUUUGGGCUUCCGGUUGUUUGGUCCAUGGACUGGGCUCUGGAGGGCUGACGUCACCCCACUUCCAUGGGAGUAUCGGGGGGCAGCGCCUCCGUUAGACGGUGGGCCAGAGAGGGGGUGUCCCGGGGAGGUCCCUAGCCGCUCUUUCCCUUCCCCACAGUGCUCAAGGCCAGCCUGCAGUCACAGGUCACCCAGACAGAAAGGAUAAGACACAUUUUUUAGGAAAUGUUUUUAAUAAAAGAAAAUUUAAAAAAAAUUUAAAGAUCCCUAUCCCUUUGUGUGGCCCCCACGCUGCUCCUCUUUUCCUCGCUGUGGCCCCCGUUUCUGAGGGCCCUGGGAGGCCCCCUCCCCUCCGCUAGGGCUCGAUGGCGUUCCUUUUGUGGCCGGGGCUUUGGCGUCCCUUCUGGUGUCAUUUCCCGUCCACACGCUCCCACCCGGCCCCUCGGCGGUUCACCAGGUCGGGCUGUACCCCUCCGAGAGGACAGGAAAGGGAGUGUGCGCUCCAGCCUCUGUCUCGUGGUCUCUGCCUCUUCCAUCUCGUGUCCCUCUCCCUCUCCCUCUCCCUCUCCCUAGGGCUCUGAUGAAAAAUUGCUGACUGUAGUUUAGCUCUGAGAACCGUAGACAAUUUCAGUUCUAGGAAAAUAAACCUGUUGAUUACUA